UCUAAAUCGAAUUUUUGUUAGUCUCAAUAUUAUAUUGGGUAUAGUUAGCAACAGUAUAUCUACAUGUUUUUGUGUCUUCAACUCGUAAACGUCAAAUCGAUCAAGCAAUAUUAAAAUGUACGAUUGAAGCUGGUUUACCAUUUUGCCUAUUUAAUCAUGAUGCAUUAAUUGAACUACUUGAUAUACUUGAACCAGGAUACAAAUCGCCUGAUCGUCGCACACUUUCAUUACGGACACAAGAUCAAUACUUUAAUCACAUUGUUGAUCUUAAAUCUAUUUUACCACAUAUAGGGCCAAUUUCUUUUACUAGUGAUCUUUGGAAAGAUGUCUCUGGUCAACAUAUUAUCUCACUUUCUCUUCACACUUUUUCUAUUGACUUUGAUUUCGUGUCCAUGCCAAUAUCAUUUCAUCGAUUUACAGAACAAAAAUUAUCUAUAAAUAUUAAAAAAUUCUUUGAAUAUGAACGUGAACGUUUCGGAUUAAGUACAAGCAUUUUAGCAGGUCUCACAACCGACAAUGGUCCGGAUAUCAAAGCAGCGUCAGCGUCAGGUGUGCUUGGUCCUCGUUAUGCAUGUCUUGCUCAUUGUCUUAAUCUUGUCGUUCAUCAUGGUACAUGUGUAUGGGAGAUGCCGAACGCAAAGAGAUAUCCAUUUGAUACAAUGUUUGAACCGGUUAGCAGUUCUCUUAUCGAUGAUGAAGAUGAUGAGAUGACGAAUGAAAUUCCGUCAUAUACAUUAUUCACUUCUAUCGACGAUAUAGAUGGUUUGUCUAACAAUAGUAUUCAACCAUCGAAUGAUUAUUUUGCAUUUGAUAGUAUAGAAGACAGUUCUCCAAAUGAAAAACCUAUCUCAAAUGAAGAUAUUUUUAAUUUUCUUAUUCGUAUUCAUCGUCUUAUUCAAAAAGUUCGUACUUUUGUGCCAUGA